GGAAGUUGGUCCGUCCUGUUUUACCCCUCGGCGGGUUGAAUCUUUAGCUUAACAUCUGAUUUCGGUUUCACGGCUAAAAUUUGUUUCUCUUUCAUUAUAUUUGUAGGAAAUAAUACCUUUAUUUAUUCUACUCCGAAAAUAGAAAGCUAACUAUCUGUGAACAGUUAAAUUUAGCCGUCGAAGUUGGGAGUUUAACUGCUAAUUCGCGAUGGCUGCGAUGAUAAACGCUCGGGCCGUCUGUCAGCAUGGACUCUGAAAAUGACGUACUGAUGAAGGAGUCCAUCAACAUGAUGAUUGAUAUGAUCGUGCUGUGUGCCACUUUGGCGCUGUCCCUCUUCUUCUGGAUCCUCUCCCUGACCAUGAGCACCUUCUACGGCACACUGCAGCCCGUGUCGCCGUGGCGUUGGUUGUUCUCCAUCUUGGUUCCCCUCGUGGUGACCGUGCGAGCGGUGAGGAGACGCAGUCUGGACCGAUCGGGAGCCCUGGCAGCUCUCCUGGUGGGUUUUGUGUUGACGAUGGCAAACUACAGCUUCUUCUCCACUCUGCUGGCCUUCUUCAUCACCUCCUCCAAGCUGACCCGCUGGGGAGGAGCGCAGAAGAAGAAGAUAGACGCCGAGUACAAGGAAGGGGGUCAGAGGAACUGGGUUCAGGUUUUCUGCAAUGGAGGUGUUCCCACUGAGCUCGCUCUGCUCUACAUGAUCGAGGUGGGUCCAGGUGAGAUUCCCAUUGAUUUCAAUAAGCAGUACUCCGCCUCCUGGAUGUGCCUCUCCCUACUGGGCGCGCUCGCAUGCAGCACCGGGGACACCUGGGCAUCGGAGGUGGGGCCGGUCCUCAGCCAAUCAAAGCCGAGACUCAUCACCACCUGGAAGGAAGUCCCAACAGGAACAAAUGGAGGAGUUACCCCUGUGGGAUUGGUUGCCAGCUUCCUGGGCGGGGCCACGGUGGGCGUGGCUUACUUUGUGACACAGCUGGUAACGGUCAGCAACCUCCACCUGGCCGACCCCCAGUGGCCGAUCGUCAUGUACGGCGGCGUGGCCGGCCUGCUGGGGUCCAUGCUGGACUCUUUCCUGGGAGCUCAUAUGCAGUACUCAGGCUUCGACACCAGCACCGGGAAGGUGGUGAGCUACAGCUCCGCCACCACCCAGUGGAUCUGCGGGAAACCCAUCUUAGACAACAACGCGGUCAACCUGUUCUCCUCCGUCCUCAUCGCACUCAUCCUCCCCGGGCUGGCGUGGGGGGCGUGGCCACAAUAGACCGAUGCUGGGCGCCAUCACGCUAAAGAGACGCUGCCUGUUUUAUGACCUGCUGGGCGUCCGAUCGUGACAAAGACUGAAACAAUAAGUGGAAACUUUUGAGAUCACCAUAAUAAGACUUUUUUUUUUUGAACACAGGUUUUAGUAACUGAGCUAAACCUACAGAGCUGCACCAUCAGCCCCACCCACCCUGCUGCUCCACUGUGCUUUUAACAUGUUCAGGAGGCCACGGCUGUAUUAAACUUCACUGCCAAUCCUUC